UGUGAGAUAUUUGUUGUGUGUGUUCAUUUUUCCCACCACGGUUUCAGUUGGUUUGCUCUCAUGGUUCCUUCUCCCGAAAAGGAAGCGGAUUAUGUUCUCUUGGCCUGAUUUCUUCGCCGAGUUGCUUGGAUAUGGAAUUUGUCUGCAGCUUACUUGAGGUACAGUUCUUUAUUUUGAUCUUCUGAAGAGUUGUUUCUAGGAAUUGGAUUAUUGAGCGUUGCUUGCUUCAGUAAAGAGGACUGAGUAUCUGGACUCUUGUAUUUUCCGCUUUUGUGUUGGAUAUGAUAAUGGUGGAGGUUCUGAGAAAUCCUCCAGCAUGUUCUGCUUCCACGUACUUGAGUAACCGUCAAGCCUCCUCGCAUCACUGUUCAAUAAGGCGUGAUUUUGGAAUUCAUUUUCAAUGUAUUGGUUGUUCUUCUGUUUCUUAUUGCUGGAACCUGAGAUUUAAGCCGCAUUUUUCCAAAAUUCAUGUCGGUAGAGUGGUUGCUUUAGCUGAGAGGUCAAGGUGCGACACACGGCCAGGAUCUGGUGAACAGAGGAUUCAAGAAACAUUUUUAAUGUGCAAGUCCGUAGAAAUUGAUAAUUCGUUUCUAAAACCUAAUGCGGUUGCGAGUCUAGGGUUUGAUUUGUUUUGUGAAGGGGAAAGAGUCAGUGAGAAUUACCCACAGCAGAUAUUGCCGCCAUGGAGUAGUUUGCCUGAUCAAGAAUUGGAAGAUCAAAAUCAUGCCGAGAGUGAUUCAAGGAAUCCUGCGAAAAUCAAUGAUGAGGCUGAGAAUGAGAUGUAUUACUUGGAGGAGAGGAAUGAGGAGAUAUUAUCAAAGAGGAUUUUGAAGCUCAGUCGAACAAAUAAAGUGAGAAGUGCAUUAGCAUUGCAUAGGUCAAUGGUGUCUUCCGGUCUGCUCCCUAAUUCACAUGCUUGUAAUUCACUUAUUUCCUCUCUCUUGAGGAGUGGAAAACUAGAUGUUGCUAUGGAAAUAUUUCAGCUUGUAAAGUCAAGGGAGAUCAUCACUGGCCACACUUACAGCUUGAUUUUAAAAGCAGUUGCCAAUGCUUGGGGUAGUGAUAAGGCGUUGAGUAUAUUUGAGGAAGCCAAAAAGGACAAUAAAACUGAGGCUUGUUUGGAUACACUUGUUUACAGCACAAUGAUAGCUAUAUUUAGUAAAGAAAACAAUUGGGUUCAGGCAGAGAGAAUGUGGAGGGGCUUGCAAAAAAGUGGCCAUGUGGGCACCCUGGUCACAUACCGAAUUUUAGUUUGCACGUUUGUUCGAUGUGGUCAGAAUGAACUGGCUCUGGAUGCAUAUCAUGAGAUGAUUCAAAAUGGGUUAACUCCCAGUGAUGAUGCUAUGGAAGCAAUUAUUGGAGCUUGUACAAGGGAGGGUAAGUGGGAUAUAGCACUCAACAUCCUGCAGAGUUUCUUAUAUAGCAAUAUGAAGCCCAGUCUAACAGCUUGUAAUGCUUUGAUCAAUUCUCUUGGAAAAGCAUCUCAGGUUGAGCUUGCAUUUAAUGUCUAUGGUCUUGUAAAGGCAUUAGGGCACACUCCCGAUGCAUACACCUGGAAUGCACUCCUUGGUGCAUUGAACAGGGCAAAUCAACACGAUGAAGCUCUUCUUCUCUUUGAGCACAUCAGAAAAGAGCAUGGCUCCAUCUUGAAUCUGCAUAUAUACAACACUUGCUUGAUGUCUUGCAAGAAGCUUGGAUUAUGGGACCGUGCUAUGCAACUACUGUGGGAGAUGGAAGCUUCUGGGUUUCAUGUUUCUAUUACAUCGUAUAAUCUUGUUAUUGCAGCUUGUGAGUCUGCAAGGAAGCCCAAGAUUGCGUUGCAAGUUUAUGAUCACAUGGUUCUGAAGAAUAAGUUGCCUGACAUAUUUACUCAGAUGUCAUUAAUACGAGGUUGUAUUUGGGGAUCCCUUUGGAAUGAAAUGGAGGAAAUUCUUAACGUGGCACCCAAUGGAUCAGUAUAUAAUGCUGCUAUUCAGGGCUUGUGCUUGAGGAGAAAGACGGAUUUGGCGAGAAAACUGUACACGAGAAUGCGGGAGAUUGGCCUGAAACCUGAUGGCAAAACGAGGGCUUUAAUGCUGCAAAGUCUACCCAAAAGGAACUAGCGAAAGGAACUGAGAAGGAGCAAAUUGUCUUACUGUUCACAGCAGCAAAAAUAGCUUGGAUGAAGAACAGUGUAUAAUUAGCUAGGUAAACAUUUAUAAACUUGGAAUAAUCACAUUAAUCAGCGUUUAUUCUUCAUUCCCUGAG